GGCGUGUGGAGGUGCUGUCAGCGUUUGCCUUUCCUGCUCAGGUUUAAACCAUGGCCAAUGAACCUGUGAUCCUUAACGUGUAUGACAUGUAUUGGAUAAAUGAAUAUACUUCCAAUCUGGGCAUUGGAGUCUUCCACUCAGGCAUUGAGAUUUAUGGCAGAGAAUUUGCGUACGGCGGCCAUCCAUACCCUUUCAGUGGCAUCUUUGAAAUCAGCCCCGGCAAUGCUGCUGAGCUGGGAGAGACAUUCAAAUUCAAGGAGGCCAUUGUUUUGGGCACCACAGACUUCACAGAGGAGGACAUAGAUAAAAUCAUGGAGGAGCUUGGUAAAGAGUUCAAAGGAAACGCAUACCAUCUAAUGCAUAAAAACUGCAACCACUUCUCUUCCUCACUGUCUGAGUUGCUGUGUGGACGGGAAAUCCCUCGCUGGGUCAACAGACUGGCCUACUUCAGCUCUUGCAUCCCCUUCCUGCAGAGCUGCCUACCUAAGGAGUGGCUAACCCCAGCCGCCCUGCAGAGCCACAUCAGCCUCGGUCUUCACAAAGAGGAGCAGAAUGAGUCAAGUGACGAGGACCCUUCAUCCCCACCCGGGGCAGCUGCCGCCGGCUCAGGCUCCUCCCGCAGCUGUCGCCACACGAGGGUGUGAACUGUCUACACGUACACUGACCUCCGGACCUCCCUGCUUUUGCUCCUAGUGUCUCAAGUGGCAUUAGCAGGCUUGAACAACCACCUGACCUCAUACUGUUUGUCUUCUGAGUAAAGAGGAAGGAAAGGAAGAGUCUUCUGAACAUGGAGAGAGCUGCUGCCACAGACGUCAGACUAAAAGAGACCCUGCCUGUCCUGUCUACAGAUGACAGACAAACUCUGACCUGAGGCCUGAGCACUAAAGCAUGGCUCAGACUUAAACAACAACAACAACCACUUGUAGAUCUGAAGUUUGUAGUACCUUAUAAUUAUUCUUUUCCAUGAACUUAAAACCUUUGUCAGCCUUGUUCCCUGCCCUGCCUUCAGAGCUGCUUUUGUAGAAUAAACCUGAGACUACUGAUAGUGACAUUACCAGGAAACUGCUACUCUGCUCAGUUUCAACAAGUUCUUCAAUAACCUCUAUGUGGCCUUCAGUUGAUAUUGUUGACUCUGCUUUGUUUGUGUUGAGCUUUAGUAGUUUACUUUGGCCAUUUUUUUGAAGGCUAGGGGAUUAAAGAGGGUUUGACUCUUCCUAGAAUUCAUUUGGAACUCAUAAAAUUGUUGCAUGUUGAAAGAAUUGAAACAUCAUCCAACUAAAGCGAGAUGCCACACUUCUGGCCGUUGAGUAUUUCUUCUCAUGUUCCUUUUGUAAAACAAAUGAUCCAACCUGGAACGUGUUUUAAACAGUGAACUGGCAGUCAGCUGCCAGUGUAACCAGUUCAUCAAUGGUUGUAAACAAUCAAAGGCAAAUGCUGUUCACACAGCCCCAGGCAGCCCAGUCACUAUCUGUAUACAUCUCAGAGACACAAAGACAAAGAACGUCAAGCUGCUACUCUGACAACCUUUGACUUUGUAACCCAGUACAGUUUUGUCUAUGCUUUUAUAUCCAAAUAGUAUUUACAUUAUAACAGUGUGAUAACUCCAGGAGAUGUACAUUUACACCUGUGAUUGUUCCUGGGUGAUACUGGUGUCAUCACCUUUUUAACUAUUGCUGCCAUGGUAAAAAAAAUCCUGAUAAUUUAGUAUUCUGUUUUAAAUUGCAGGAAUCCUUUAGGCAGUAGUUUGACAUUUUGGAAAAUAAAUACUCCUAUUUAUUUUGUUCCUGAGAUAUACAUAAGAAAAUCAAUACAAUUGUCACAUCUUUAUGGUUAACGUGAAGCUACAAUCACCAGUCAGUUAGCUUAUGUUAGCAUAGAGAUUGGAAACAUGGGGAAACUGAUAGACCGGCUAUGUCCACAGAUAACAAACUCUGCCUACCAGCACCAUUAAGGCUCACAAACGUUAUAUUUAGUUUGUUUAAUCAUGCAAAACUCUGUUUUAUGGGGACUUAUGUGCCUUACUACAGUAUUGUUUGAACUGGACCAGCUGCUGGAUAACCAGUGGAGGUUCUAGGAUAUUACUGGUGACAUCGAAAAAAUAGUCAGGCACAUAACAUAACCCCGUCAAACAGCAAAUUUUUGUUUUUACAUUUCAGCUUUCGUACAGCUUAAAUAAACAAGGUGUAACAAGUUAAUUAGGAAGCCUAUGCUGAUAGGUAGAUUUCAUUAUCUUUGGACAGAGCCAGGCUAGCUGUUAUCCACAGUUUCCAGUCUUUAUAGUAAGCUAAGCUAAAUAGGUGUCGGCUCCAGCCAAAUAUGUACUGUACAUGAGUGAAGGCGAUAUCAUUCUUCUCCUCUGACUCGUGGGGAGGAAACGACUGAUCCAAAAUGUCAAAUGAUUCCUUUAACACCAUAUUUUUAUGUAUGAUUUAUUAUGUCAGAGGUUGAGUUGUUGCAGUGAGGAAAAACAUGAUGUCAUAAAGUUAUUUCUAAUCAUUGUAGAUUCGUAGAUGUUGGUGUAGAAUCUCAUUAAUGAGUACUUCCUCUCUUGAUACUGAUGAUGGUGGUGAUUAUAACAGUGAUGGUGGCAAACAUCAGCACCUUGUAGUUUUACUCAUUUCAGUUCAUGUUGCUUGCUUUUUUAAUGUAAAAGUUUAGUGAAUGAGGCCACAUGUGAUUUUAACCUUUCCCCCCUGCCUCCUGCUGCAGUGUGUUCACCCUUUCUCAGGAAAGAAGUCACAUGACUUGUAAUAGCGGCAGUCUA